AUGGCAAGUGAUAGUGGAUUUCGUUUGGGACAUUUAAGACUUUACAAAGCAGAAUUGCUAGGAUCAGUUGACAAUAUUGAAAAGUUGCAGCAAUUUCGCCAAUUUUUCGGUGACUCAAGAAGUUUUACUCGACUUUCGGAACUAUUCAAGGAUGAUUCCAAUAAAAAUGUAGCACUAAAUUAUUUCUGGCAUCAGAUAUGUUUUAAUCGUGAAGCCAUGGAUCGUAUACUCUCUAUGGCCACUGAAGGAAACAAAGCUCUGCUUGAUUCGAUUCAUGAAAGUAUGUCAGCGAAAUCACUGAAGUAUUAUCAUAAAAUGUUUUAUGAAGAUGCGAAAAAAAUGGAUAAAAUCAUAAUGACAAUUGAACCGUUGCCUCUCUGUGCAGGGUUAAAAGAUGCAAGUUAUGGAUCUAUUAAGAAUGUUGUGCAAGAAAUGAUGAGAAGCAAAAAAUAUGAAGAAGCAGCAUGCUAUCUGAUGAGGAACCUACCUAAAGUAAAAAGUUUGGAGAAUGAAUCAUCUGACUGGUAUUUCGAUUUUUUAAAUGCUUGUCUUAUUGAUAGUGCUAAUCGUUCAAUACCUGAAUUUAUCGAUCCUGAUUACAAGAUCCACUUGGAUACCUACAAUGCACAACGGCGAAUCCUAAAGAUAUCUCAAAAUAAAUCGGGACUACAAAACGAGUUACCAAACACUGUGGAUGAACUAGAAAAAUCAGAGGAACUGGAAAGUCGCACUCAGGAACAUUACAAGAAAUAUCGGAUGAAAGCAUUCAGUGAUGAAAAACUGGAACGCUUGGAUGAUGCGGAAUCGAUUGAAUUACGACCAUAUCAGCAGGAGCUGGUCGAAGCAGCAUGUAGAGGAAUGAACACAAUCAUCUGUGCUCCCACUGGUUCGGGAAAAACUGUUGUAGCUGCACAUAUUAUUUUGGAACAUUUUCGAGCUAUGAAAGCUGCAGAUAAACCAUCCAGAGUAGCAAUGCUUGUGCCAACAAUUCCACUUGUAGAGCAGCAAUGUAUAAUGUUGAAUCGUUACCUGCGCAAAACAUUCUGGGUCGACGGUAUGAGUGGGAGUGAACCAGUCGAUGAAAAUGGACGUGCUCCAAAUGUUUUAGCAAGUCAUGUAACUGUUUUCACACCACAAAUUUUCAUAAAUUUGCUGAGAAAUAUACGUCGAGAUGAUCGUUUGUACUUCACCGAUUUCUCGAUGUUCAUAUUUGAUGAAUGCCAUCAUUGCGAUGGAGACCAUCCUUAUCACGUUCUGAUGCGGAUGUUGCACAGAUUUGAUGGUCCAAAGCCGCAGAUUGUUGGUUUAACUGCUUCUCUACCACUUGGUGCCGGACGUGCAAGUGUUGAUGCAGCACUCGAUCAUAUGAUGGAUUUAUGUGCUAAACUUUCUGCUCAUUCCAUCAGUACAGUUCGAAAAUACAUGGAAAAUCUUCGUUAUUAUGUAAAACCGCCUGUCGAUGAUAAAACGAGCUCAUCGGCCUGA